AUGGCGACGGUGAAGGCUGACCUCUUCGUGGCACAGGUGGAGAUGCACAGCAACCAUUUUGGAUUCCCCUUUGUGACCACAGAUGUGCUGUGCCAGAGUCCAUCUAUGUAUAAUGUGACACAUGUCACUAUAUCAAUACAUUCAGAUAUCAAAGCCACCCAAAACCAGCACUUCCUGUCCAUACAAAACAAAGAACUGAGAGAGGAGAAGAUAUUUUCAUACAACUUUACAGUGUGCAUCUCCAAUCUUUUCGGGGGCUAUAACAAUGUCCUGCAGUUUGUCCAAACUAUGGAGAUGUACAAACUCCUUGGGGUGCAGAGAGUGGUUAUCUAUAACACCAGCUGUGGUCAGGACUUGGAACCAGUGUUAGUUCACUACAGGGAAGAGGGUAUACUGGAAAUAGUAGAAUGGYCGAUUGAYCARUUCCUCAACCCAUCCAAAGGCUGGAGGUUUGAGGAGCACAAAGGAGAUCUCCACUACUAUGGGCAGCUGACCACUCUGAAUGAAUGCAUCUAUAGAUACAUGUACCAGUCGAAGUAUGUACUUCUUCAUGACAUUGAUGAGAUCGUGAUGCCUUACCAACAUGCCAAUUUGCAUCUACURCUGGAGGACYUUCAACACCAGCACCCCAGAGUARGAGUCUUCSUCAUCRAGAACCACAUAUUCCCCAAAAACCAUUACGAWGACAGUGGCAAGUUCAAACUGCCACAAUGGAGGGAAAUUCCAGGGAUCAAUAUCCUGGAGCAUAUUUACAGAGAACCCUCGAGAGAAGCUGUUAUCAACCCUACCAAACUGAUUGUCAACCCUAGACAUGUAGUACAGACAUCUGUUCACUCUGUGCUGAAGACUUUAGGGGAGACCUUCUGGGUACCACCUGAUGUGUGUCGGCUAGUACACGUCAGAGUUCCCCUGCAAGGGAGCCUCACUAAAGAUCAGCUGCUUGUGGACAAAAAGCUGUGGGAAUAUGARAAGGAGCURGUUCAAAAUGUURACAACACUUUAAGGAAAUCUGGACUGUUGCUUUGAUGAWGCAAAUCUGAUUUURACAUUCUUUUGUCAUGUUUGUUUCUUGGCCUAUUUCAUCURAAUAAUAGUCUGUUUUGCUCUAGCCAAGCCUUGACGACUCGUUAGACAGUAAGGUCAGCCAYAUCCCAACUCAGCAGAAAAUGACUGCGCGAUGAAAUGAAKGGGAGUGAAUGGACAAUUAUUGCAUUAUGAUYGUCCCUGAUGUUUUCCUGAGMUUUCCAAUACCUACCUGAUGCAUUUMAGACACUACAAACCAUACUUCCUUCUGAUUUAUUUUUGGCCUAUCUUUUUUGCUAUGUAUUUGUGUGUUAUUCAGUGCGUUGCCAUGAGUUAAUAGCGUUAAGGCCAAAUUCAAUGUUUCAUAAAAAUACAAAUAAAUACAUUUGUUUCUUAUACCCCCAGGGGUCCUAAAAUAAAACAGCUAGAUGGUCCAUGUAAU